ACCUCAAUCAUCUUGUCUCACCAACAACGAUCAUGAAGUUCACGAAUGCUCUUAUGACUUUCACGCUUAGUCUCUUCGCACUGCUGGGCAUGUUUGCAGCGCACGUCUCUGCUCUUCCACUUCACGAAGACUCUCUGGAGAAGAGGGAUGUAUAUGUUCCACCAGUGCUGUAUCCCCAUACUGGCACUGUCUGGAAGAGCGGUCAACGACACAACGUCACUUGGGACAUUUCCAAUCCUCCCGUAAACAUAACUAACAGAAUAGGCUUCAUUCUGCUCCGAUCGGGCAAAUUUUCUACUCCAGUUGUUCUCGCACACGGCUUUGACAUCCUCCUAGGCAGAAUAGAGGUGACUGUACCUCUAGUGCUUACCAGAAGUGACUUUAGCGUUGUCUUGUUCGGCGAUUCUGGCAACUUUAGUCCUCAGUUCCAGAUCUCCGGCCUUGACCUCUAGAUGGGGACUAGAUAAUAAUGGAAGGAUUACGAGCUUGACGAAACAGAACAAUCACGAACUUUGAAUGCCAACCUCGCUUUUGGACUCUGCAAUCACGGACUCUAGUACAAUGGACGCAGUUUGGAUUAUACUUAGUAUUAUUUGCUACUCGAACUUUGAACAAUAAUUAAUUCGAUGUUUU